ACUACUACUACUACUACUACUACUCAAGCUUUGAACUGGGGUAAUGAUAGUAGUAUCUCUUAUUCCAGAAAAGCAGACUUGCCGCGGCAACAACAACAACGGCGACGAAUGGAUGACGAUUGGCGAAGGCGGGAUGAAGAACAGUUAGAAGUUGUCGUUGGAGAUCCAAACAGUCCCUACAUCCACGAAAUGCAACCAAAUCCAUACUUUUAUCAGCAACCAAUGGGCGGAUACAUGCCAAUUUCGUCUGCGUUGCCGCAAGCAUAUGGAGUGCCGCUACAGCCUAUUCCUAUGUCAGCAUCAUCAGCCGAAGGAGGCAGCGUUUACAACGGUGAUGCGAGUGACUCUUCACAACAGCAGCAGCCAUAUGGGCCUCCAGCAUAUGAAGCAAAUGGUAUGGUUUACUACGGCACGGAUCCCUCUGCUGCUAUGUAUCCUUAUUGUUACUAUCCACCACAAGCUACGAUGCCAGUACCGCCGAUGAUGACUCAGCAACACCAGCAGCAGCUACAACAUUUACAGCACGGUGGCAUGGUGGUAGUAGAUGACGCUGAUGAUGAUGAAGAAGAAGCUGAAAAAGGCUGGGGUGCCACACCAGAAUAUAUUUAUGAAGAAUGGCAUCCUGCUAACCAAACCACCUCUAAUGCACAACAAUCUCACCAGCAUUAUCACCACAACAAUCAACAUUCUCUCUCACAUCAACAGCAACAACCCGUCAAUGCAUUUUACUAUUACCCUAGCUCAUCCACAACAUAUUAUGCUUCUUAACCUCCUCGUCCUUCCUCUUUCCUUCUUUUCGGUUCCUUGCUCCGUUAUAUUCCCUACUGCUGUUACU